GUGCUUAUCGUGUGUCUGUGAAGACAGGAGGUUCCAUCACCAUCCCAUGUCGCUAUGAUCUGAAAUACAAACCACAUGGGAAAGACAUGUGUAAAGUAGGUCACUGGCGAAUAUGCUCCCCUGACCCUUUCAAGAGCACAGAUAAGGCCUCAAUCUCUGAUGACAUCAACAAGCAAACAAUCACUGUGACCAUGACUGAUCUGGAGCCAGUGGACUCUGGACGUUACGGGUGUUUUGUGAUCAAUGGUGGAUCAGAUGUCAUGAUAGAAAGAUUCCAACUAUCUGUCUCUGCAGGUACUCCAGAACUCUAUGUGGACCAACAGGAGGUGACUGGAGUUGAAGGAGGGAGUGUCAUUAUAAAUUGUUACUAUAGGAACACUGGAAAUAGGAAGUGGUGGUGCAGGAUUGAUGGUAGUGGCUCCUGUGUGGAGAGGAAUUCUGGGACUACAGAGGGAAAAUCAGUGACCCUACAGCAGACCACUGAUGCCCCCAGAGGAAACAUCUUAACGGUGACUAUGAGUGGACUGAAGAUGGAGAACACCGGCUGGUACAGGUGUAGAGUGGGAGACCUUAUGAUGCCUGUUCACAUCACUGUCAGAAAACAAACCACCACACAAAGUACCACCACUAUGACCACAACUAAAGCUCCAACCACUGAACAAUCAUCUUUCUCUCCAACUGCUGAGCCUGUUCAGACUGACAACACAGUCCAAGGACCUGAGGGGGGCAAGGAGAAGGACACCAUGAGAUGGAAAACAACAUUUUUCUACCUGCCAAAAAUUGGUAAUGCUGUGCUUUUCAUCCUGUGCACCAUCAUUGCUGUUGUGAAGUUCAGGGUAAACUGGAUCCGUGGUGAAACUAAAGAUGAGUAGAAAACAGAUAGGUCUCUCUGGUGAGACCAAGGGGCAGAUUUACUUUGUUUCAUAGUUGAUCUUAAUUACUGAAUCAUAGUCUUACUGUACUAUUCUGUAUGAAUUAUAUGUUAAAAAUGCAUGCCUUGUUAAUAAACUAUCAAAUCUA